AUGCCUGGCAAGAAGACCCUUCUGCUUGUCUUCAUUCACGGUUUCAAGGGCGGUGACGAUACAUUCGGAACAUUCCCAGAGACCCUCCAAAAAGACUUAACCGACUCAAUUCCCCACCUCGAGACCGAAAUCGCCGUCUACCCCAAAUACGAAACUCGCGGCGACCUCCCAACAGCCGUAACAAAAUUCACCUCCUGGCUCGAAGAACAAGUCAUCGACAUCGAAUCCGGAUACCACCGCUCCAAUCCCACCGGUGACCCAAAUGUCGCUGUCUUGAUUUUUGGACACUCGAUGGGUGGGAUCCUGGGCGCAGACGCAAUACUGCACGGUCUCAAAGACCUCGAGGAGGGUGUCAAGUGGCCACACGUCAAGGGAUUGUUGGCGUUCGAUACGCCGUAUGUCGGGGUUCAUCCGACGGUGUUUGCGGGACAAGGUCAGGCUGUCUACGAUAACGCACAAAAAAUCUACCAAGUCGCCUCCGGCCUCUUCGGAUCAAAAGAAACCCCGUCAUUCAAACAAGCCGCUGUUAAAGCCACUGCUUCUUCCGCCAACAAAGGUGGAGGCUGGGGAAGGUGGGGGUUGCUUGCGGGAGGAGCAUUGGCUGCGGCGGGUGCGGUCGCUGCCGGGACAGCGGCGUAUCAGAAUAAAGAUGUGUUGCAGAAAACGGGGCUAGAUGCCCUUGGGUGGGUCCAAUCCCACCUUGCAUUCGUCUCCGUCCUAUUCGAGUCCAAGUCCCUCCAAUCACGCGUCCACGACCUCAUCCAUCUCUCCUACUCCCACAACAUCGGUUGGGCACAAUGGUACACCGAACUCCAAAACAACAAAACGUUCUGUUUGAUGCCGGAUGGAGGAGCAAUUAUGGAGAGGUAUUUACCGGCGAGGAAUGAGGGGGCGAAAGAUGAGGUUGAUGCGCAUUGUUCGAUGUUUUUGUCGGAGAGGAAUGAGGGGUAUGAGAGGAUGAAGAGGGAGGUUGUGAGGAGGUGCAAGGAGUUUGUUGGGGAGUGGGGGAAAUAA